AUGGUGAUUUGACCGACCAUGUGAGAUUUUGAGUUUACUGAUUCCUGUACUAAAAACCCGUCCACAUUUGAUUUCAAGUAAAUGUAGUAUUGGCAACUUUCAGGUAAAGAUAGAAUUAUAUUUGUUACACAAGAAGACCAUGAAGAACCAAGUACAGCUAACGUUGACUUUGAAGAUGAUGAUGAUGAGCCAGGACUUAUUCUUCCGAAUGGAGAAAUUAACUGGAGCUGUCCCUGUCUUGGUGGUAUGGCUACAGGCCCAUGUGGACAAGAAUUCAAGGAAGCAUUUUCAUGUUUUCACUAUAGUAAUGCUGAAGUGAAAGGUUCCAAUUGCCUAGAGGAGUUUCGGUCAAUGCAAAAUUGUAUGAGGGAGUAUCCUGAACUUUACCCUGAUAAAGAUGAUGAAGAAGAUGAUGGGGUUGAAGAGAAAGAUACUGUUGAUAUACCGAAUGCUCAAGGAGGCACUGAAGAGCAAACCUCAAAUACAAGAGACACAAGGAGCUAACAUAUAUAUUUAAUAUUUUUAUUAUGAUUUUAUGAUAUCAUGUAAUGGAUAGUUAUAUAUGUUAUUUUUGUAUUAGUUGGACUUGUAAUCCCUUCGUUAUGAUAACUAAUUUGAAUUAUUUAGAAUUUCAAUUGUUUUUGAAGCUGUUAAUCCCUCAUUUGGUUUUUAGUUACAUAAAAUAGGAAAUGAAUGACCAGUUUAGAUCAUCUCAUGAAAUGGAUUAUUUUUAUCACUUGCAUAUGAGCAGCUUCUCUCGAGGUAAAUCAUUUUCCAAGUUGAAUAAAAUAUUUAAGGAUGUCAGAUACAGUAUACGUUGAAACUUCUCAUUUCUUUUUCUACAAUGGGAAAUUAUUAUAAUAUAUCAGCAAUAAUAACAAAAAUAGAGGUCACCAACCGUUCGUCAUGUACAUGUAUGCGUGCAGACCUGUAUUUUAAAUAUGCCUGGACCGAUUAAAUUGAAACUCAAUACAUAAU